AUGGAGUCAGAGAUAUUAUUUUGGGAUGAAAAUAAUAUGGGAAAAUUGGUACCAUCAGAAUGCCUUUUAACAUAUAAUAGUACGUAUGAAAAAUUUAAAAUUGUUCAAAUAGGUACCCAUAGUUUUCCAAUUAAUAUUACAAAUUGUCUACCUGUUUGUGGUUUUUGUGCUGUUUCUGUUCCUGAUCAAACAUAUACACUUAUAACUAUGGUAAUAAAUGGUAUUAUAUUACCAUUUACUGGUAUACUUGGUAUGUUAGGUAAUAUUACAUCUGCUUACAUCUACAGUCGUCCUGCUAUGAAAAAUUCAACAAACUUUUAUCUUUGUGCCUUGGCAUUCAGUGAUUGUUUAAUAAUAUUAACUGCUUUAAUUACAUUUUGGUUAGAUAUUUUUCGUAAUCAUUCAAUUAUAGUUCAUCAAUUUUACGGAAUUGUCGUUCCAUACGUUUAUCCUAUGUGUCAUGUAGUACAAUUUUGUUCUGUUUACUUUACUGUAUUAGCAGCUACUGAUGGUUUUAUUCAAAUAUGUUUACCAUUAAAAAUUUACAAUUGGGUAUCUAGAUCAUCUAUUAAUAUAAAAGCUGUUAUUUUUGUCAUAAUUACAUCAUUUAUUUAUACUCUUCCAAGAUGGUUAGAAGGUAUACGUAUAAAUUGUUGGCAUGAUAUUAUGGAACAAGCAUCAUAUGAAAUUUGUCAAAAUAAAAUGGCAUCACAACCAUGGUUUACUCAAUCAUACCAAGGAUUUUUAGUUAAUGUUGUUACUGUUAUUAUUCCUUUAACAUUAUUAGUUUUUCUUAAUAUAUUUAUAAUUGCAGCAUCAGCUAUGGCUAAAUCUAAUAAUCCUUCUAGUAAUGAUAAUAGUAAUGAUAAUAUUGCAUUGAUAUUAGUAGUUUUAUUAUUUAUCAUGUGUAAUAUUGCCAGUUAUUUAUUGAACGCUCAUGAAGCAAUUUUACUGAAUUUAUUGGGACCAUCAAUAAAUUAUUUGAUUGAUACAUCAAAUAUGUUAACAGUUUUUAAUUCUAGUUUUAACUUUGUUAUAUACUAUGUUUUUUCAUUACCCUUUCGUCGUACACUUCACCAAUAUUUUGGCAAUCACAUAACAUGUAAUGAGCAAAAAAAUUUUUACAAUGGUAGUACAUCAUCAAAUAAUGAUAUUAUAUCAUUACCAAAUAAAGUAGUUGCAAAAAAUGUUAAUGAUGACGGCAUUAGUAUUAUUUUUGAAACAAAAAGAUUAGAUACAAUAAGUAGAAUAUCAACGAUUGAAGAUGAACUAAAAGAAGUAGCAAUGUAA